CGCGGCCUGAAAGGAUACUUAAUUACACACUUGUACUACUCUGUAGAUGAAUACCUAUUGUCUGAAUAGUGACUCAUCUGUGUGAGGAUUUUAUAAAUAGCACAAGUUGACAACAUGAGAUUUAAAGGUUGUAUACAUGUUAUGAGUUGACAGUGUGAUGUAUGUGAGUGGUUGUAUCUCUGAAUAACCUUAUGUGUAACCACUGUUGCUAUUGCUGUUUUUAGAUAUUCUCUGUAUGUAUGUGACAUGUUCCCCAUCCUGCCAUCAUUUGACUAACUUUGGAUCUAUGGAAUGCAAUAUUUUGUGAAGUGUUACCGCUGGUGUGAGUUAGGAGGAAAAUAAAUGAUGGCAGCUACAGCCAUUCCAGUGUACAGGAGGCUGAGGCCUGACACACCUGACCUAAGUACUGAUGGGAGCAUUUCGGAAAAUAUCUCGCCACCUCUGCCUCAUCAGGUCCACUUGCCUACCAAGGUAUCUACUGUGCGAUAUGUGCCGCACAGUGGUUGGACCCGUUACAUACCAGCUCUGCAGUCUUUGGCUCCAUUCAGAAGAAACCGUAGGUCUAUCCAAGACCUUCCUGUCGACAGGGUGGGGCUAUUCUCAUAUGUUACUUUCAGCUGGCUACGAAAAACUGUUAGCCAAAUAGAUGAGUAUAGCCUGCCAACAUGCUCAUCAUUUGACUCCUGUGAUAUUAAUGGACAAAGAUUGCAUUACUUAUGGAGGGAGGAGGCGGUACACACUGGACAGGCGGGUUUAUCCUUCUUCACUGUGAUGUGGAGGUUCGUGAGAACACGCAUUAUCAUUGCUGUUCUCAUUUACACCUUGGGUCUGGCAUUCAGCAUUCUAGGGCAUGUGAUCUGUCUAGAAGGCUUUCUCAUUGCAAUGAAGAAUAUUACACUUACUAGUGAUCGUAACAGUACCAGUGCAACAGUAGCUGAAAGCGGCAGCAAUGUUAUGAGGACAGAGGCACUGAUGUGGGCCAUCGGUAUCAUUGCUACUGAGCUGCUCUCAGUGUUGUUGGUUUCCUGGAACUGGAGCAUCACUUGCAGGACAGCAACAAGAUUGCGUUCGGCCACCUUGGCUCUCAUCUACAGCAAGCUGGUGCAACUUUCCAAUUUGAACACAAUCUCAACACAGCAGAUGGUCAUGCUCUUGGGGACAGAUGGGCAGAAACUGUAUGAAGCAACGAUUUAUGGGCCAUACAUCAUCACAGCACCACUUGUGUUUGUGUCUUGCAUUGUAUCCUUCAUCUUUAUUUCGACUUGCAGUGGUGUUGAUGCACUGAUAACAACAUGUGUGCUUUUUCUCACAUAUCCACUGCUGUGUGUACUGGUUCGGCUUACAAGUCUCUUGACUGCAAGAGCCACAGCACUCUGUAAUCGGCGGCUGGCACUUGUUUAUGAGAUGCUGGUUCACAUCAGACUUGUUAAAAUGACUACACGGGAAAGCUUGUUAUUACAACAGGUCACAGGGGCUAGGCACAAGGAGCUGGGCUUCACAAAGCAAGAGUGCUUUAUUGAUGGGUUCUGCACAUCCAUGACACAAGCCAUACCAGUUAUGGCGCUUCUCCUGUACCUCUCUUUUAAUGUGGACCUUGAAGCUUUCCAGGUGUUUCCAAUAUUGGCUUUAUUCUUUUAUCAUAUGAAGAAUUCCCUUUUUAGAUUUUGGCUUGGAAUAAAAACGAUUUCAGAUGUACUUCCAUCAUUAGAGCGGUUUAAGGCUGUAAUGCUCCUUAAUGAGACCAACAAGUUUACUGAGAAGCCCAUCAAUCGAUUGAUGGCAGUGAAUAUCUCGAAUGCCAGCUUUGUGUGGGACAGUCUGGAAAUUCAAGAAAAUGACCAGAAGAAGAACAAAAAGAAAAACAUGAAGAACAUGAAGAACCAAUCAAAAAGACCAUUAAGCAUAGCCAUUGAGAUGGGUGAGCUUGCAGGAGAAGUUGAAAUUGAAGUGAAGCCCAUGCUGGUGGACAUCACUUUUCUUGCACCGAAGGGUAAGUUGAUAGGUAUAUGUGGAGAACCCAGGUGUGGCAAGACUUCACUGCUUCUUGCUGUGUUGGGUCACCUCCGCAAAACGUGUGGACAAGUGCUAUGCAAUGGAAACUGUGCAUAUGUGGGACAGCGACCCUGGAUCUGGACUGCCAGUUUCCGUGACAACAUCGUGUUUAAGGAACAUUUCCAGUCUCAAAGGUACUACAAUGCUGUCCAUAGUUGUUCACUCACUGAGGAUAUUGAUAAGCUUUCUCAACAUGAUGACACACAGAUUGAUGAAAUGGUGCUGUCAGCAGGGCAGAAGCAACGAAUUGCUCUGGCUAGAGCUCUCUAUUCCAACAAGGACAUCAUCCUUCUUGACAGUCCACUGAGUAUGGUGGAUGCAGAUACAGCAGCAGCAGUAUUUGACAAAUGCAUCCUGAAGGGUCUGCAUGGCCGAACAGUCAUUCUGGCAACUCGACACCUCCAGUUCCUGACUCGCUGUGAUGAAGUGUAUGUGAUGAGUCACGGGAAGAUUGUUAGCUCAGGCACUCAUGAACAUCUCAUGCAGCACUGCCCCAAGUAUUCCAGUCUCAUCAAGAUUUGCAUGCAAGAGAAUGCCAAGAACUAUUUUGUAGAAGAUAACAGAUGUCAUGAGAGCAAAUAUUCAAUGAUAGAGUUCAUCAGUCAAAACAUAUGCCAUGCUGACAGCGCCAGACAUUUUGACAUCAGCAAAAAUGAGGCGUAUCAUCCCAACAGUGUGAAUCUGGAAGCAACAGGUCCAGUGGGAACUUACAUGGCCUACUCAGCAUCUGUGUGCAGAUAUAUAUGGAUUGUGUGUGGCCUGCUAUCACUGCUGCUAUGCAAUUUGUGUUUACUAGGAAUUCCGCUGUGCGUGCUUCAUUUUCAGAGCCAGUGGGACAAAUUGAUGCUGUAUUUGAUUGCAGCGUUUCUGCUAGCUAUGUGUCUCAGUGGACUGGUGUGGAGCUUCUCAUUUACCACGGUUGUGGUGAGAGUAUCACAGCGGGCACACAACGUAUGGUUUGGAAAAUUGUGCAGGGCUCCUAUGGGCUAUUUCCGGGCUUCCCGUGCUGUGAUGUCUGCCCUCAACUUGUUCUCUCUAGAUGUGCGAGAUGGUCCUUUGCAUGUUGCAGUUGAUGUAAGACUUCCACUGUUGUUUCGACAGCUGCUCGAGAAUGCAGGCUUCUUUUUGUGCGCCGCCUUUGUAUUGCUGUACAUCUCGCCGUACAGUCUGGUAGUCAUAUUUGUUAUUUUGUUGGCCACUGCUGUUGUCCUGGGACUGCUUUACAGGAAAUGUCUACUGAAGUUGCAUGAAAUGGAAGUGAUGUCACGUGUCCCACUGUACCAGCACCUGAUGUCCACCAUAACCGGCCGGAGCACCAUCCAGGCUUUUGCCAAGGAGAAAGAAUUCAUUGCUGAUUUCACCAGGAAGUGUGAUGACAAUGCCACUUGCAUGUAUCUGCUGAGUGCUGCAUCAUGUUGGCUAGCCAUCAGAGUGCACGUCAUUGCAGCCAUAACAGUUGGUCUGACAGCAGUUAUGCUGGUUUUUGCAACACCUGUCCCCUGGUCAGACCAUAUCCCCACCGACUGGGUCACAGGUCUUGCGCUAGUGACUGCUAUGCAGAUGAGUGGCUGUCUGCAGAGCAUUCUGCAUUCAUUGGCCGAGUCUGAAGCAAGGCUGAAGAUUUUUGCAGAGUCCAGCCGCUGUAUAGAGGGAAUAAAAAGUGAAGACCAAACCAUCAAGUCGAAACGUAAACUGCUCCUUGAAAACUGGCCUACAGAUGGCAGCAUCACAUUUGAAAAUGUAACGACAGUAACUUCUCCAGGUGUCUUGCAAUCCCUCGAUGGAAUGUCAUUCAGAAUUGAAACAGGACAGAAAAUAGGUGUUGUGGGGCUGCCAGGUUCUGGGAAGAAGCUGCUUGUUGAUACUCUGUUCCGACUGGUUGAUGUGGAACAUGGCAAGGUCCUGAUUGGCAGUACAGACCUGACCUGUGUACCACUGCACAAACUGCGGUCUAGAAUGGCUAUUGUUCCCCAGGACCCUGUUCUUUUCACAGGCACUAUCAGGCUGAACAUAGAUCCGCAUGAGAUGUACAGUGACUCAGACGUGUGGGAGAGUCUGCAGAAAGUGAACCUGCAAGAGCGAAUUGAGAACCUGCCUCAUAAGCUCAAGACCCCUGUGGAUCGUAAUGGUGACAGGUUGUCAGUUGGGGAACGACAGAUGUUGUAUCUUGCCAGAGCCUGUUUACAGGACACCAAGGUGCUUGUACUGGAAGAGCCACUGGCCACAGUUGAGGAUGAGCUGGAUGGUAUGCUGAACCACAUGGCAUGCAACUUGUUUCCCACUGCCACAAUACUGACGAUAGCCCACCAGAUAAAAUAUGUCGUCCAAUGUGACAAAAUCAUGGUUGUGGAUGGAGGUAAGGUGGUGGAAUUUGAUACACCAGCUAACCUGUACCAUAAUCAACAGUCAUACUUCACACAAAUGAUAAGCUCAUCCAUGGGCAAUCUCUUUGAGACGGAGCUAUGAGAAUACAGCUGGAUCAGCAUUAUAACACAGUUCCUACGUUUGUCAUGACAUAUAGUCUGUAAAGUUAUUCAUAACCAGUUUAGGCAGCAGUAAGCGUAUUAAUUUAUGGUUUUAACAAUUUCCAUUCUAUGAAUGAGAUACCUCACCUUUUCAGUGUAACUUUGAUAUUUGAUAAUGUCGGUAGAAAUGUUUUUUCUUAUUGUGUCUUUUGACAAUUCAAGCUAUGUAUAUUUUUUAAUGACUUUACUGCUGAAAAUUUUUCUCUGUCACCACUCACAUAUAUUAAGAGGCUUAGCAUUGAAAAGGUUAAGAAACUUCAUGCCUGUUUGUUACACUGAGGACGAAACAAUAUCUGGCUCCUAGCUGUGGGAGCAAAUAAGUAUCAAAAACUUCCCAUACCUGAGAGUAGUGAAAAAUGUCACUGUAAGAUUCUCAACAUAUAUUAUUGAAUGAACCUUUCUUGGUAAAAUAAGAAUAACCUAUAUUUACCACAUUUUAAUAGCAAGUAUUAUGUUUUUGGACAUAAUCCAUCAUCCUGUCUAUUUUCUAAAAAAAAAAAAAAUCCUUCCCCCCCCCCCAAAAAAAAACUGUUUUGGGGACUAUAUCCUAUCCCCAUCCUAAGGUAAAACCUGCUCAGUUGGGUCCAAUAGAUAGAGGUAGUCCCUAUCUCUGGACCUAGUAGGACUGAGUAGGUUUUACUUGAGAAUGGGGCAGAAUCCAGUCUCCGAAACAUUGUGUUUAGAAAAUAUACAGGAUACAUAAUACUUGCAGCAAUGUACCAUUGUCACAAACUUUUAAAUCUUAUUUUAAUAGCAAUUUUUCCCUUUGUUGCCCCGUUUGCUCUUUCAAUACAUUAUUGGGUCCUGCCACAUCCCUCCACUCCUUUACAUGGUGUUUCACAAACCAUUUCCUUUCUGACCAUUUUGUAGCUGUACACUACAUCUCUGAUUUAUGUCAGAGGAUGGAGAAACCAAUGACAUGAAUUCCAUUUUUCAAGCCACACAUUUUCCUUCAAAUGCUGUUGACUGUCAGUGUAGUAAUGUUGGUUUACAGUUUGUUCUUGUGGAAAAAAUUCAUAAUGCACAACUCAUUAAAUGCGCCCCCCCCCCCAAAUAAAAAACUGAGCACACUCUUCAUGUUUGAAUGAACUUGUCUUGCCUUUUAUGUUCCACGGAGAUGAUAAGCUCUUCCACUGAAAUGGUUGCUUGGUUUCUUGGUCAUACACAUAAACCCACAUCGAAAGAAUUCUGAGUCUUUUUCAGCCUCCCAUGAAUGUCUUGGCAUGUGUCAAUAUGGUUUUCCUUCUCGUAUUCACUCAGCAGGCGAGGCACGAAUAUGGCAGCAAUCUGAUGCAUGUUUGGAUUGUCCAUCAUAAUGCUCUGAAUUGAUCCAAAUGAAAUUCACAACAUGUCACCAACUUCAUGAAUAGUGAUUCAUCUGUUUGUGAAAUACUUCCUUGACUCAAUCCACAUUUUCAUCUGUCUUGCUUGUCAGUGGACGUCCCAAUUGUUCCGCAUAUUCAACAGAGAUCACACAGCUUUGAACUUUGAAAGGAUGAUCAUUUAAAAAGUUGUGUUCUUCCCACUCUCUGCUCUCUGAAACAUAAGUCAACAUUUUGAAGGUUUCCAUAGCAUUUUCCCCAGUUGAAACAAAAAUUUGAUGCAAACAUGUUGUUCUUUCAAGUCUGCCAUUUCUAUGUAUGAAGAAAUCACAAAUGGAACAACAAACAUUUGGACUGAACACAACAUUACUCAACAGUCACUGCAACAUGCUAAAACAUUAUUACAAGCAGGAAAUGACUCAGCAGACUCUACAUACAGCAGCAUAAGUUCAUGCUAGUAGCAGUGUCAUCUUGCAGUUAGUCAGGAAAUUAUUUUUAAUUGUACGUUACAUGUUCAGAAGAGCUGUGGGGUUAUCCAGCUUUCCUUACCCUCAUUGCUUGUGAUGCCCUUUAGGAUAAGCAGGCAGAAAAAGACUUGGGACUGCUUGUCCGAGUCUGGUGCUGAGAAGGUACAGCUUAGCCACUAUGUCCUUGUAAACCCUAUGAUGUGCGCAAAUGCACUUUGACUUCAUAUUCCAAUAGAUUGAAGUAAUUGUGGCUUAGCUAUUAAUCCCAUCAAAGUAAUCCCGUUACUUCUCUCAGUAUGCAUUGGGUUAUGUGGGAAGUUCCCACAUACACAGUCUCUCAUGUCUUCUUAUAUAGGAAAUAAUUAUGUGAGUGUAUGACAAAUUACAUUCUGUUACUGAUGUGUUUCAUUAUCAUUUGAAAAAUAUAUUUAUAAAUAACAUAUUACAAUGUAUAUGAAAUAAGCAGUAUUAAAUAAAGAUACAAAUUAUUAUCAAGUCACCCUUCCUCCUCACAUGUUUUGGCCAUAGAAGGUCAUCAUCAGGUGUUGUCACACUGUAUGUCAGAUUUAUAUAUUGCAUGUGAAUGCCAUGUUUCCGAAUUAAAAUGAAUUAAGCAUUUAAUUAAAAUUAAUUAACAUCUUAAUGUUUUUCCACUGUGGUAAUCAUCCAUUCAUUUAAAAGAUAUUUGCUUGAGUGCAUUUCUCAUUGUUGGAUUGCAUUGUGCUGCAUACCAUUUGGGGUGUGGGUAUUAUUUGUGCAGUUCAUAUAGUGUUUGUUAUAUAUGCUCCAAUGGCUUGUAGGUUUUUCCACACUGUUGGACUAGUUGUGUUAAGUGGUUUGUGUGUGUACAUAGUUCAUAAGUUGGACUGGUGACAUUCUUUGUCUGUGAUUCGUAUUGGGCAAAGGAAUCAAUGCAGCAAGAUGCAUGAAAUGGCAUUUCUUUGGAGAUGAAUGUUAAUAAG